UCUCCCCUCUCUGUAGUGUGUGUUGAGACAAGCAAAGAGCAGGGCGAAGAAAAAAAAAUAAAAAAAAACAAAAAGCAAAACAACUUUCCUCUGAAACACGUCGGCCGCUGCAGGUUAUUCGCCUCUGUCAACGUCACUCUGGAUUUAUUCACCUUUGAAAAAAAAAAAAAAAAAAGAAGAAGAAGAAGAUCUCCGUGCCAGAGUGCAGCGUGUUCAUGUUAUUAUUUCUGCGCUUAGUCCUGAGCGCAGUUUCCGGAUAUCAGCCCACUGUUUUUGGAAGAUUUUCUCUGCAUCUUUUGGGAUUUUUCCGCUCUUCUUGUCGCUUGUCUGUGAUAACUUACAACCCGCAAUCAGUUCAUCUUCAAAAAUCCUGCAGCCGCAACUGAAUCAUGGGCACACACAGAUAACAAGGGUGAAGUCUUCGCCAGCAGAGAGAAGUUGAGCUCUGUGCUCGAGUUCAACAGGGCCACUUCCUGAUGAUGACAGUAAACAUGGAUGACGGUCUCCAAAAUGGAUCCGGACAGCACAGAAACUUACAAGAUGACGAAGAGGCGCUUAACUCCAUCAUGAAGGACCUAGCAGCCUUGGGCCGUUGCUACACCCAGCACAACAGCCACAAACCCAAGAGCAGAACCUUACUCUACAAACAGGAUUUAAGAGUCAAGCUGGAGCAUGAGAGAGAAAAACGAAUCAUCCUGUUUCAGAGGCCGCUGAAGAUCAAAGAGCUGCUGCAGAAAGUGACUGAGGCCUUUGGCCAGCAGAUGGACAUGUUCUUUAUGGAGAAAGAGCUGCUGCUGCCACUGAAGACGCAGGAGGACCUGGAUCAGGCGGUGCUGACGCUGGGCUGCAGUUCCGGGACCAAUGGGCUGCUCAGGAUACUGCUAAAGACUCCUAAAAACAACCAUUAUCUACAGGUGAACAGCAGGGACAAACAGAGCGAGAUGAAGUCAUCGAGGUCACUGGGAGAUUUGAAGGGCUCCUUGCUAAAGGGCUCAGAGAGGGUGCGCAAACACUCUACAGGUUCCCUCCACACAGGUCGCACGUCCCCGCCUCCGGGCAGCGUCCCUGAGGAGCAGCAGCAGAUUGCCCGCCAGGGCUCCUACACCAGCAUCCACAGUGAGGGAGAGUUCAUCCCAGAAAACCCUGACCAAAAUAUGCUGGAUCCCUUUGGGAGUGCAGACAACUCACUGUCGAGCAGCUGCCAAUCAAUAGAUCAAGCGCUGGACAGCCCUCCUUAUUCACAGAACAACCGUGAUAACAAUUACCUGAACCUCAACUAUGAAUACAAAGGUCGCCAUGGGAAAGGAGGGACUUUCCCACGCCAGUUCCAGUUGCCAAAUCGCAGCAAGGAUUACGGAGAUAGACGCAGGACGCUGCCGCGGAGCUUCAUGCCGCAGGAGAACCUUUUCCAGCUGGUUCCCUCCAGCCGCACUCGAAGUUAUAACGGAGACAGCACGCUGCAGUACAGUGACCUGCGCUCGCUGGGCCGUACUGCUGAGAAGAGCUGCCAGCGUGGUACAGCCAAAUCACCUCGGGCGCCAGUCAACUGGCGACAAGGAAAGCUCCUGGGCCGAGGGGCAUUCGGGGAGGUCUACCUCUGCUACGAUGCUGACACGGGCCGCGAGCUGGCCGCCAAGCAGGUGCCCUUUGAUCCCGACUGUCAAGAAACCAGCAAGGAAGUGAAUGCUCUGGAGUGUGAGAUUCAGCUGCUGAAGAAUCUGCGUCACGAGAGGAUUGUUCAGUACUACGGCUGUCUUCGGGACCUCGAGCAGAGAAAACUCACCAUUUUUGUUGAGUUCAUGCCCGGGGGCUCGAUAAAAGACCAGCUAAAAGCCUAUGGGGCCCUGACAGAGAAGGUGACAAGGAGAUAUACCCGGCAGAUCCUUCAAGGAGUCUCCUACCUGCACAGCAACAUGAUUGUACACCGGGACAUCAAAGGUGCUAACAUCCUGAGAGACUCCUCAGGGAACGUGAAGCUUGGAGACUUUGGAGCCAGCAAACGUAUCCAGACCAUCUGCAUGUCUGGUACGGGAAUCAAAUCUGUCACUGGCACCCCCUACUGGAUGAGCCCUGAAGUCAUCAAUGGGGAGGGAUAUGGGAGGAAAGCUGAUGUAUGGAGUGUUGCCUGCACCGUUGUCGAGAUGUUGACCCAGAAACCUCCGUGGGCCGAGUACGAAGCCAUGGCAGCCAUUUUUAAGAUUGCCACCCAGCCCACAAAGCCCACGCUUCCAGAGGGUGUGUCCGACACUUGCAGGGACUUCCUGCGGCAGGUGUUUGUGGAGGAGAAGUGGCGGCCCACUGCAGACAUUCUGCUCAGCCACCCCUUUGUUCAGGGCAGCUUCUGAGGCCUAUGGACCCCUUUCCCCUUCCCUGCCUGGGAGGCCACCAUGGCCCCGGUGCAUCCCCUUCUCUCCAGCCCGCCCCAUUCCCAGGGCUUUCUCCUCGUCACCAAGCUCCAGGGCUCAGUAUCACUCCCAACUUCCUGCCCUGUCUACCACUAGUGUCUGCAUCGCUCACCAACUAGCUCAACCUGGACUAUUUCCUGAGAGGGAAGGGCGACUGCUGUAAGACCUCAGGAGUCCUCUGAGGCUUUGCAUAAAGUGUUUCCUCAGGAGGGGACUAACAAGAAGGCUCUUGGCAGUCUCGAGCUCCAGACUGCUGUCCUUUAACAAGCGCAGGAAGUGACCCGAGUUAGAACAAAGUGCUUGGUCAAGCUUUCUGGGUCUCACUUUACACCUAUUUACUGCUGCAGAACAGUGUCUUGGGAUCAAGGAGACGUAUUUGUGAUUACAUUGAUCACAUAUGACCGUACUGUAAGUUUCUCAUCAGCCCAAGAAAGCUGUCGGUAGAAUUUAAGAUGGUAAAAUAUUUUUAUAUGAUGCAUAUAAAGUCAUCCUAGCAGAUGUCUGUCAUUCUAUUAAAAAAAAUGUAAAUGUAUUUUUACCAACGCCUUACAAGUAAGUAAGUAAGAAUGUCUUUUAUAAAGUCUCAGAGGGUUAUCAGUACCCCGCUUUCAUAGCACUCAGACCCCGUUUAGAAGGAUUCAGUGUUGCACUUUUUGAUAUCAUGCAUUGAAACAUUUCCAACAUGCAGGAUAAUCAGCCCAGGAGAUAUUUUUCUAUUUGAUGCUUUUUUUCUUUUCUUUUUUUUUUUUAAAUGAUUUCACAGUGAGAAUUUUGUUCCAGUGAAAAGAGAAAAAGAGGAACCAAAACUUUUUUUUUUUGCAUUAGUGUGCAAUGUCUCUUAAGCAAUACCAACACUACUGUUGUCAUUCCAUCCUCCCAUGCAGUGAGCCUUGUUCCAUUCAGAAGUGGCCAAAGAAACGUUGCAGAGACUGAAAACUUUUGAUAAUUACCAAAAAAAAAAAAAAAAAAGUACAGUAUUAGUCAUGUCAGACUUUUUGUCACCUCAGAGCCCUAUGGCCUUUCCUGUGUUAUGGCAGCUUCGUGCACAGUACACUGCACAGACCAAAUCGGAUGCAUCGACAUCACAUUGUGCUGUUAUACGCGUGAUCGUGAAAUUAGACUGAAAGGAAGCGUCUCAUUUCUGCUUUCGUUGUAACUUCACCCCAUGCCUUUAUUUAGCUUUCCACGCCACCUGAAUGGGUCACUUUAUAACUUGUCAGCGCACUGUGCUCUGUGUAACGUCACAUGAGAGGGAGCUUAUUUUUUGCAAAUUGCCAAAAAAUUUCAAGUUGCAAGGAUGGAGGAGGAUGUUGGUGUUCUUUAAAGCGGAGAUGCGAUGAAACUUUAACUUGGGGGUGGGAUCGAUGUUGGAGGUGAAGUGGCUUGCUGUAAUACAUAGGCACUUAAAGAAUGAUCCAAUCUUUUUUGACCCUUGUUAGUGCCUUAUCUGAAUCUGCUUGUAAACACAAAUGUUCACUGCCAAAGCAGAGAGCUUCCUUGUAAGGCGAGAAGCUGUUUGGUAGAAAGCACACACAGGAUUUGCUGAAAUUCUUUUAUAUGGAAAAAAAAAAA